AUGAUGAGUUUUCUCACUUCUAUCUUCAAGCUAUUAUUUUUUUAUGUCAUUAUUUUCCUCCCAACACUUGUUUCAUGCGAUUCAUCUACAUGUGAAACACAACCAAACAAAGAAAAUAACAAACUAGCCCUUCAUUACAAACUUGGUUCAAUUGCUUCUAUCCUUGUUUGUGGUGCUCUUGGUGUAAGCUUACCAUUAUUAAGCAAAAGAAUUCCAAUUCUAAGUCCUAAAAAUGACAUAUUUUUCAUGAUUAAGGCCUUCGCGGCCGGGGUCAUUUUGGCGACCGGUUUUAUUCAUAUACUUCCCGAAGCAUUCGAGAGUUUGAACUCACCUUGUAUUAACGAAAAGCCUUGGGGAGAUUUUCCGCUCGCCGGACUCGUUGCUAUGUUGUCUUCGAUCGGAACUUUGAUGGUCGAUUCGUUUGCCUCGAGUUUUUAUCAAAGGAGACAUUUUAACAAUUCUUCUAAACAAGUUUCUCAUGAAGAUGAAGAAAUGGGGGAUGACCAUGUUGGUCAUAUACAUGUUCAUACACAUGCUACUCAUGGUCACACUCAUGGAUCAACUAACUCUUCUCAUGAUGUAAUAUCAUCCGAAUUAAUUCGGCAACGGAUUAUAUCACAAGUGUUGGAGUUAGGAAUUGUGGUCCAUUCAGUGAUCAUUGGAAUGUCUUUAGGUACUGCACAAAGCAUUGGUACCAUAAAGCCUCUCCUAGUGGCCUUGUCUUUUCAUCAAUUUUUUGAAGGAAUGGGGCUUGGUGGUUGCAUAUCUCAGGCGAAAUUCGAGUCUAGGUCAACAGCAAUUAUGGCUACAUUUUUCUCCCUAACAACACCAAUUGGGAUAGCAAUUGGGAUGGCAGUAUCAAGUGGAUACAAAGAGAAUAGUCCAACUUCUCUAAUAGUUGUAGGUGUUCUAAAUUCUGCAUCAGCUGGAAUUUUGAUUUACAUGGCAUUAGUUGACCUAUUAGCUGCAGAUUUUAUGAGUCCAAGGUUACAAAAUAAUUUGAAGAUUCAAAUAGGAGCAAAUAUUUCACUUCUUUUAGGUUCAGGUUGCAUGUCUCUAUUGGCUAAAUGGGCCUAG